CCGUAGUAUUGGCUCCAUAGAGACGGGCAAGGAUAUUAUUAUUUUUUGCCAGAUAGCUAACAAGUUAGCAAAUCUAACACCCAAGAUAAGGAUCCAGAAUACUUCAUUGGGUGAUUGAGUGCCACAACACGAACAAACUAUGUCCUUUAGAGACUUACGAAAUUUCACAGAAAUGAUGCGGGCUCUGGGCUAUCCUCGCUUGAUAUCAAUGGAGAACUUCAGGACCCCCAACUUUACCCUGGUGGCAGAAAUUCUCAUUUGGCUUGUGAAAAGAUAUGAACCGCAAAUGGACAUACCGAGUGACGUGGACACGGAGACAGACAGGAUUUUCUUCAUAAAGGCAGUGGCCCAAUUUAUGGCAACAAAGGCUCACAUCAAGGUGAACACAAAGCGUCUGUACCAGGCUGAUGGCUACGCUGUGAAAGAGAUGUUGAAGAUCACCUCAGUGCUGUACAGUGCCAUGAAGACCAAAGAGAUGGCCUCAGGGGACAAAGUGGAGGAGGACAAUAGCAAAUUCAAGUUUGACUUGGGUUCCAAGAUUGCAGACCUGAAGGCAGCGAGGCAGCUGGCCUCGGAGAUCACGUCUAAAGGAGCGUCGCUCUAUGACCUGCUGGGAAAGGAGGUGGACCUGAGGGUGAAGGAAACACACACAGGCUCAGAAACACACCACGGCUGGGGAAAGCAAUCAGACGUUUUGACUGUAUCUCUGGGACUGCGGGAGAUGAGAACUGCUGCCAUCUCCAGACCCUUGGAGAUCAACGAGACAGAGAAGGCCCUCAGAGCAGCCAUCAAGGAAGUUUUGGAAAGCGUGGAUAAAACCAAAGACAUGCUGAACAACGUGUCCUCCGAUGAGACCAGCCUGGAGUCCAAAAUGGAGAAGAAGAAACAGGAGCUGGAGAGGAAUCAGAAGAGACUCCAGACUCUACAGAGUGUACGGCCAGCAUUCAUGGAUGAGUAUGAAAAGAUUGAGGAGGACCUGCAGAAGCAGUACGAGACCUACGUGGAGAAGUUCCGUAACCUGAGCUUCCUGGAGCAGCAGCUGGAGGACUACCAUAGACUGGAGCAGGAGAGGUUUGAAGAGACUGAGAACACCCUUAGGAUGAUGCAGCACAAACUGCGGGAGGAGGAGAGGAGGCUGAUGAGGAGUGGAGCCAAAGACGAGGACUCCGAUAUGGACAUCCCUGAGGACGAGGGUUCAGACAGUGAUAUGGAGGAUCGAAGACCCUCUAAACCCCGUCCCACCAGAAACGCCCCCAUGACAGGGAGAGGUGGAGCGCGGCUCGUCGGCAACAUGCAGGGUGGAGACAGCGAGGAGACAGAGGACAGUGAGAUAGACGUGGACGAGGAUGAGGAAGGUGAGGAAGAGAACGAGGACCUGGAGGACGACAACGACAGUCUAGAAGUCCCGGCGCCCAAGCCAUCCCGGCCCUCCAGGGGGCCCUUGAGGCCCCAGCUCUUAGAGGAGAGCGAUAACGACUUUUAAGCUGACACACACACAUCAACCAACACUGUAUCACAGCUUGUGAGCACUGAGGACAAACAAAAUACUUUAUUAUAACCUAAUAAUUUAAUAAACAAUAUAUCAUUUGUAUUAUAUAAUAAACUGUCUGUCCAAUCUGAGCUUCCUGUUCGUGAGUGUCAUCUAUCUCCGCAGUCCACCACUCAGUAGUAAAUAACUGAAUCAUCUUAAUGGAACGAGUGGCACGAGAGCUAGCACUCCUAAGUUCUCACACAGGCACGUAACCUUGGAGACUUCCUGCUGGGCGGUGAUUGGACAGACCAGCAGCCGGAGCCACAUCCACUCAUUUUGACAAAUCACCUUCACUCUGCUGAUCCGGCCCUCUUCUCUCUGGUUCCCCCGUUUAUCAUCACAAUACAAACCCGGCAUCAUACUGCAACGAUAAAUUCAUUAUCAUUCCAGUUUUUACAUAUUUAUAAAAUAUGACAUUUUGACUCAAUAAAAAAAGUAUUUCAUUCAUUUAA